ACACAUGCCGCUCCUCCACCUCUCGCUACCGCGGCACCGCCUCCUCCUCGGGCAGCGGCGCAGCCUGAUCGCCCCGCCGAUGCAUCCUCCCUCCCGCCUCUCCGUAAGAGCAGCGGCUGCGGCGGUACACGAGGCGUGCGCGCUACCCUUCCCGCCGAGCCACGCCCCACACCACCGCGAGCUCGCCGCGGCCAUGGCCUCCGUCGAGCGCGCCUGCCGCCUCUGCGUGGACGUGAAGGAAACGCUACUUUCAAACGACAGAGACAAGAGGAGGGUCGUCGAGAAGAAUGACCAAACCCACGUGACGACUGCGGAUUUCGGAGUUCAGGCACUCAUUAGCUUCGAGCUGCAGCAACUGUUUCCAUCGAUACCUCUGGUGGCCGAAGAGGACUCGACGUUUCUGCGGUCGCCCGAUGCCGAUGCUGGAAUCGUCGAUUCGAUCUCAAGCUUUGUCGCGAGAAAUGUGAGUAACAACGGUUCAACUUUGACUCAUGAUGAUGUGUUGAGAGCCAUUGACAGAGGUGGCAGGGAAGCUGUCUCUUUUGAUUCAAAGCCUGCUACUUACUGGAUACUUGACCCUAUUGAUGGUACCAAGGGUUUCUUGAAAGGAAACGAUACGCUGUAUGUGGUGGGUUUGGCUCUAGUGGUGGAUGGUAAGCUAGCAGUAGGAGUGAUGGGAUGUCCAAAUUGGAGCAAUGCUACUACCAUAGUCAACAAGGAAGACGAAAGCGCCGCGGCCUGCCAUGGCGAUGGCAUGCUUAUGGUGUCCCAUGUAGGUUGUGGCACCUGGUCUAGGCCCCUGUCUGCUGGGAUUGGCCAGUUCACAACACCGCUAGAUGCUUGGACGAGAUGCUCUGUUGAUCCAUGUUCAGUUCUGCACAUGGCACGCUUCUGCAUCGUCGAUAGCCACACAUGGGAUAUGAUGCCCUUGUCUGCCCACUUCGAUUCCACAAUGGAUGAAUCUGAACCCAGAGAUGAGAACAAGAUUCUUCUCCAAAAUUCCUGCGGUGGCAGCUUGUCCAAGUACCUCAUGGUAGCUUGUGGGAGAAUGUCAGUUUUCAUCCUCCUAGCACGGGCGGCAAAACUGCUCAAGACUUGGGAUCACGCUGUUGGGGUAAUUUGUGUUGAGGAAGCCGGAGGUCAGACCUGUGACUGGAGCGGGAAGCCAUUGGAUUUUGCAGCUGAAAGAACCGGGCGUAGAAUCAUCUACCCCACGGGCGGUAUCCUGUCGACAAACGCUGCUCUUCACGACAAGCUUGUGGAAAUGGUCUCCGAAAACUACAAAUAGCAAUGUUGCAUAGCUUCUGACCCAAACAGUUUGUACUCUUUCUUUCCUUCUGUACAAAAUUUUGCCCAGAUGAUCUGGCCGAGCAAACUUGGUCUAAUCACUUUCAGUGUCAUCACAAAACAUAUAUACACAUGAAGAAAAAAGAUGUUCUCUCUGAA